AUGCUGGGUGGUCUCUUUGCUGCUGCUCUUGGUGCCUUCUUGGUGUACGGAGCGAAGCUUGACGCUUCCACCUCUGGUUUCGCCUUGUCUCAAGCGAUCUCCUUCUCCUCCAUGAUCCUUUGGUGGGUCAGGAUGGUGAACGAGAUGGAAGUGCAGGGCAACUCUGUUGAACGUAUCCAAGACUACCUCAUCAUCCCUCAAGAACCAGUCCACGACGACCGCAAACAACCUUCUGCCGCCUGGCCGACAUCCGGCGAAAUUAUCCUCGACGGGCUUUCCGCCAAAUACUCUGACGAUGGUCCCACCGUCCUUGACAACCUGAAGCUGUCUAUCAAGAGUGGCGAGAAGGUUGGGAUUGUCGGAAGGACGGGGAGUGGAAAGUCUACGCUGGCGCUGGCGUUAUUGAAGAUGCUCCCGACGAGUGGAAAAGUUUUGAUCGAUGGUAUCGAUACGGGCAAGAUUAAUCUGCAUGCUCUGAGGUCUAACGUGACCAUCAUCCCGCAAGACCCCAUCCUUCUUUCUGGAAGCCUCCGAUUCAACCUCGAUCCUUUCGGCGAGCACGACGAUGCCGAGCUCAACGAUGCCCUCCAAGCUUCUGGCCUGGGGGCUACCCGUCAGCGAGGCGGCUCUGGAAGCAUUACCCCCCAGCGCUUGAGCUUGGACACGCAUAUCGCCGCGGGCGGUGGCAACUUGAGUCAAGGGCAGAGGCAGUUGGUGGCUCUCGCGAGGGCGCUGGCGACUGCUUCCGUCGACUUUGAUACGGAUGCUCUCAUCCAACAGUCGAUCCGAAACCUUCCAUCUUCCUGCACCGUCCUCACUGUGGCGCAUCGGCUUUCUACGGUGAUGGACUAUGACAAGAUUAUGGUUCUUGGCGCUGGCAAGUUGCUAGAGUAUGAUUCGCCAGAGGUGUUGCAGUCGAGGAAGGGUAGCUAUUUCGCCAAAUUGGUGCAGGCUAUGGAAGGCGCCGGCGGCAGCUGA